UUAAAUGGAUCCAUAAUUUCUACUUGCAAAAUAAAGAUUUUUGGAGUUGGAAAUGAUUCGAUUCUAAUGAGGAAUCUUGCGAGGAUUAAAGAAUUGUUGAUUGACAAAUGUGGUGGCCUUAUGAAUUGCAUCCAGACCUUAUCAAAGUGCAAAGGGCCGAGUGGGUUCUCCACCUCAAAAGUGUAUGAGAUCAUCAGACCUAGAGCUCAGAAAAGCUUUGCUUUUAAGUUUAUUUGGAGGGGUUUUGUUCCACCCAAAUAUGCUUUUACCACCUGGCUCUGUUUGAAGGGUAGAUUACCCACGAAGGAUAGACUGAGAUUCUUGGCGGUUGACGAAAAAUGCUCAUUCUGUGGGAAGGAAACGGAAAAUAUUAACCACUUGUUUUUCACUUGUGAUUUUUCUAGACAAGUGUGGGAGGAAGUAAGAAAUGGCCUUGGUAUCUCUAGAAAGACGGGAUCAAUUAAAGGUGCUAUUAAAUGGGCGUAUAGAGAUGCACGGGGAUCACGACUCCAUUCUAAGAUUGGGCCCUUAGCGAUCCUGUGUUCAGUUUAUCACAUCUGGCGUACCAGAAAUGCGUUGAUUUUUGAAGGAACUCAGGCUGUGGCAUCUAAAACAAGAACCAUAAUUAUUUAUCAAGUGCUUAGAAUUCUCUACAAAAUUGCUCCAGGAGGUUUGAGGGCCUCUGUUUCCUGAAUCUGUUUUGUGGUUCUGAAUGCUUUUGGGUUACUAAAGUGCCGAGCAAGUUUCUUGCAGAAAUGAUGGGACCCAGGCUGGU